AUGGAAAGCCGCAAGCCCCGCGCCGCCGAGCUGCCGCUGCAAAAAUAUGUCGAAGAGGCGGACAGGCGCCAGCCGGCCACGCAGGCCAGCGAGUUCAGCCCUGUGCGUACGACUGUUGCCGAGGACACGACAAUCGCGGAGCUGUGUCAAUCGUUCCCCAAACAUUUGCUCAGGCGGAUCCAACCAGUUCUCAAGGUGGGACACGGCGACGCGGACGACAAGCUCAAGGCUCAGAUGGGCAGCGUCAGUGCCUGCUUCGAACCGGGGGAACUGCUCGUGGUCUCCGACUUUGACGAGAACAUCGUCGGUGGACACCACGCCAUUGACGUGCUGGCGCGGCUGCCCAAGUCGCAUUACAACUCAACCGCAUUUAAAAAGUGGGCGAGCUAUGAGAACAUGCAGGCCCUCGGGGGGGACAAGACAAAGUUCGACGGCAAAGUGGACGGCUGGGCCAUCGACAAGUACAAAUUCAUGCCUGCCGUCGAUGUCGCGUGGGAGAAGAUGCCGGAGAAGGAGUUUUACGUCUUUUACGAAACCGAUACAUAUAUAUUCUGGGACAGCAUGUUCCGCCUCCUGGCCACGCUCGACCCGGACGAUAAAAUCUACAUGGGCUCCCCGACGCCUGGUCACCCCGAUGCCAAGCGCCUUGACCAGACAACGUUCUUCGCUAACGGCGGCCCCGGAUACGUUAUCAGCCGAGGUGCGAUGCGCGCCAUGAUGAACGAGGAGGCGACGGUGAAGGCUGGCAGCUUUGCCGUGCGCUGGAGCGAUGGUAUCCACGACGGCGAGUGCUGCGGCGACCAAGUUCUCGGCUCGGCGCUCUGGAGCCUAGGCGUGCAGGUCCACGGGCGCUGGCCAAUGUUCCAGCCCUUUCACACCGACGAACUUAUCUACGACGACGAGUCUUGGUGCAUGCCCAUCGUCUCGAUGCACAAGGUCCCGCCCAACGAGAUGUUGGACAUGUUUAGGCUCGAGUUUGCCAAGCGUGAAGUCGACAGGCCCUUGGUGUAUGGUGACGUGUGGAGCUUCUUUAAGCCUGGUUCCAUCGCCAUCCGUCACGAUUGGAACAGCGCCACGCACAACACGCGCGACGAAUAUGACCCCCCCAAGCCACCCCGGCGCGGCUCGCCGCUCAUUACCAACUUUGAGGAGUGCGGCAACGCCUGCGCGCGCGACUCCAGGUGUUUGCAGUGGAAAUGGCUAGGCGGUGAUGCAGAGGGCGCCAACCGCUGCAUCCUCGCCAGCAGCUUGCAGGCUGGCAAGGCCGCUCAGCCCAUCCGCGAGAUUAAGGAGGGCAAUGAGACGGGCAAGAUCACGACGUAUACCUCGGGCUGGCUGGUGGAGCGUAGUAGAGAGUGGCGUGAAAAGAGAACGUGUAAGGACGUACGUUGGCUAGGGUCAAGUGUUAGUAGGAGAUUAUAA